AUGAGCGCACGAAGGCCUGGAGGUUUUGCCUUUAUUUGGGUCACCAUCUUUCUCGGCUGUACUUUUCAUGUGUCUGACAACAUGUCUGUCGCUAAAAAUGUGAGAGAUUUUGUAGAUUAUAGAGGGAACCCCAAAUUGGAAAGCCUCCUUUCAAAGAUCCCGGUAACGUUACCGGAUGGGACAGAGUAUGAUGAAGUUAACGUAACGUUAAUCAAGGUCCAACUUUGCGAAGAUAAGGAUAAAGAGCUGACUUCCCUGAAAACGCAACUGGACCAGAAAACCCGCCUAAACAGCGAGUUGGACGGCGAGGCGGUCGGGCUGAGGAGGGACGUCAGGCAGCUGAAGAUGAGACUGAGCACGUGCAGUUCCACGGCCUCGGCAGUCGCCGGCUCUUAUCAAACCCAACUGAGGACCAAAAUCCACCAGCUGCUGGAUGUGUUUGACACCGAGACUUUUCAAAUUCUAAAGAUCCUGGCCCUCACCUGGGAGGUGAGUGCUUUACAGAGGAAGGUUGAAGUGGCUUCCAGUUCCACUGACGCCACUGAAAUCUCAGUUCUAGAGAAGCAGUUGGCCGAGAAGGUCGCCGAACUGGCUGAAAGGAAACGGCAAAUCGAAGGAAGCCACUCAAAGUCUGCACUCAUCUUACAGAUAAUCUCACUGCAAAAUCAGGUCUGGGAUUUACAGCAGACGAGGACAGAAAGCGAUGUUUAUCCCGACAGCGCAGAGCUGGAUCUACAAACGCAAAUCGACAGGAAGAUCAGUGAGCUGCGAGGAGGAAGAGGCGAUGGCGGUGAAGGAGACGCCAUCUCAGCUGUUUUGGAGCUGGUGUCCGUGCGCACCAAGAUCACCGUGAUGGAGAAGCUGAUUCGGGUCCGCAUUCAGAAAUCCAGGACCACCUCUGCUGACGCUGAGAGGCAAUUUAGGCUAAAGCUUGAGCUACUCAAAGAGAAGAUUCUGCUGCUGAAUGUCAGAGAGAACGACAAGGAACUAACCAAAGAAAUUCUGAAAAUCCAAGGGGAGCUGGAACAUCUCACAACCCUGAAGGUGACCACCAAAGAGACCCUGGAAGCCUUCCUCAGAGAGUUAAGAGUCAAUCUGGAAGCGGAGAAAAGACGGUGGGAGCUUUUACUGAAACAACUGGAAGCAGCAGACUACUCCGCGGCACAAAUGACUAUAAAGAUCAUCAACAUAAUGGAGGAGUUACGGCAGCAGCAAUACACAACAUCCACCAGUCCAACUCAGGACAUUUUCGCUGUGCUGGAAAGAUAUAAAACCGACUACGCCAAAGCUCAGGCUGAAAUAACAAAUCUCCAGCAGAACCUGCAGCUGGCGCGCAGAGAGUGCUCCGGGAUCGAGGAGAGGCACAAGCUGGUAAGGACCGAGUUGGAGCAGAAGAUUGCAGAACUGAACCGAACUGAUGCCGACGGAGCGCUGGUUCUGAGUGUGAUAAACCUGCAAGCGGAGCUAAUGAUUUUGAGGAAGCGGAUCUCCUCCUCUGACAAUGAAGAAGAGAUCUCAAAGCUUCAGAGGGAGCUGGAGCAGAAGCAACAGGAACUGAAUUCCAAAACCAGAGAGGUGGAGAGAGUGAUCACCAGCCCGCAAACCGUUUUAGAAAUCAUUGAGCUGCAGAGGGAAAUUUGGAGCCUCCAGAAUCAGAACACCAGUGGGACCAUUGAUGCGAUAAAAGUGUUGCAGAACAGAGUGGACGAUCUGAUCGGCCAAAUAGACGACAAGACCCAAGCCGGCAUGAAGCAGAUGAUGACGAUUGUGGCGCUGCAGACAGAGGUGGACUAUCUGAAGACGCUGCUGUCAAACGUCAGGACGUUGGAAACCUCCAGGGUAACCGAGCUCACAAACCAACUCAAUUCCAAGGAGGAUGUGCUGAAGCAAUAUGUCAGCGAGCUGAACGAGAAGAACCAGGAAAGUGCCAAACUGACCGUGGUCAUCACUGGUCUGCAAAACCAGCUCAGGAAAAUCGAAAAAGACAAAGAAAGCGAGGGAAAAACUGCUUCUGCCACAAUAUCCAAGCUGAGGGAGCAGCUGAGGAUUAAAGAGGAAGAGAACGGUCGCUGUCAGGCUUUGAUCAAAUCUCUGCAGCACAGUCUGAACCAGACAGAGGCCGAGUGCUCUGUGCACGAGCAGAAAAUCCAAGGCCUGCAGACGGAUCUGGACGCUAAAAUUGAGGAGCUGACGUCCAAAUCUGACACUGUAACUUCACUGGCUCUCAAGAUUUCUACCCUGACUGUGCAUCUGGAAGAGCUGAACAAGCAGCUUGAAAACUCUGUAUCCAAAUCCAAGAUCGAUGAGCUCCAAAGAAUUAUAGCUGAAAAAAGUGCUGAACUGAGCCAAAAGACACAAGAACUGAAAACACGGAGUGAAAAAGCCCAGAGAAUCCUGCAGAUCGUUGCUAUACAAGUGGAGAUUGAAAGACAGGUGGCUGUAAACGACACGGACUAUUCAAGAAUUAGCGAUCUCGAAAACCAAAUCAAAGGCCUGAUUGAUGGAAUCCAAGAUAAAGAUGACGAGACCUCAAAACUUACCUUUCAGAUUUUGUCUCUAAAGGAUAAAAUUGCCAGACUGACGAAACAAAAGGAGACUCAACUGCAAAAACAAGUCGAGAGGAUAAGAGAGCUGGAGAGUAAAGUGGAGGAUAUCACAGAUCAAAUAGAAGAGAAAACUAAAUUGCUGGAUACAAGUGGUAUUAUGGUUGCUAAUCUGAACAAAGUUACCAUGGAUCCCGACACGGCGCACCCAAGAAUAGCUCUGUCCGCGGACAGGACCGAGGUGUACACCACCGAGGACAUUCUGAGCGUCCCCGACCAGCCAGGCAGGUUCGACGUGGUCCUCGGCAUCCUGGGGGAGACCGGUUUCUCAAGAGGGAGAACCUACUGGGAGGUGUCUGUGGCUGGGAAAUCCUGUUACCACCUCGGGAUGGCCAGUGAGUCGGCUCCGAGAAAGGGAUCGCUGUCGUUCAAGCCGUCUAAAGGCUUCUGGACUAUAGUCCUGAACAAACAGGGCGAGCUCAAAGCUCUUGACAACAGGCCUGCUCGCCUGAACGUUGAGGUUCUGCCACUCACACUGGGGAUCUUGUUGGACUAUGAUAAGGGACAGAUUUCUUUUUACGAUUCCGGGGCUAGAUCUUAUUUGUACACUUUUUCUGGUCAGAUCUUUUUUGACAAAAUCUACCCAUUUAUCAAUUAUUGUGUGGAGGAUGUCAAAAUUCCAAGUGCAAUAGUUUUGCGUAACCCUGGAUCAACUGACUGGAUCAAAUAA